AUGCCAGAUCAACUUCCUUUAAAUGUAUUUAUACGCCAAUCUUUACAAGCUUUGUACAGAGGAUUUAUUGUCUGCCUUCGAUCCAUCAUUGUCGUGUUUGUUUGGCUUGUAUUGUUACCGACAUUCACCACUUGGACAUGGCGAUUCUAUUUUUGGAGUGGGGAGAACAUUGGGUUUUAUGUUUCCAAAGACAACCAGACAACAACCGAGAAUGUGCUUCGAUAUCGAUGGAAUGAGUUGCUAUCAGAUUGUGUUCAGGGCUUGAUGACAACGGCCAUUGUCGUUGUUAUGUUUGUUGGGGCUUAUUUAUUUCGAGAUUGGGUAGUUCAGAAUACAGCACAGGAACGUACUUUGCCAGAACAAGAACAAUUAGACGAAAGAGGACAGCAAAUCACAACACGCUUAGAGGAAUUACGCCAAGAAUUAAAAAGAAGAAGAGAAGAUAGCGAGGAUGUAGUUGAAUACAACAACCCAUACACUAAUGGAUCAAAUUUUGAGAGUCGGUUUAGGUCCAACUUGUGGGAUGAAAGCGAUAAUCCACCAAGUGGGACACAGUCUCCUUUUGCUAGUUGGAGAGACUACCAGCAGAGCAAUAGUAACAGUAGCCUGAAUGAUCAUCAUAUAAACCAUGCCAAUCAUGAAGGCAUGUCGAGAUCUACCAAUGCUCUACCCGAACCAACAGAUUAUUUUGAAAAUCAGCAAGUAAAUGAAGAGGAAAACACGCCUAUGCCUGCACCUGCUCCUGUAGAUAAUGCAAAUCAGGAGCCCUUUGAAUUCACAGAAAAUAUAGACGGCUUUUUGGAAGCAAUAGGAAUGCGAGGAAGCAUCUUAACACUAGUACAAAACUCUAUGCUGAUGACACUGAUGAUAAACCUUUGUUUAUGCGUCACUGUUUGGAUUCCGUAUGUGAUUGGACGUUCAGUGAUUUUAGUUGAUCCUGUGAAUCUGAUAGGUGCUCUUGUACACAUUGUACGCCUUAUUCUCUAUCCUGUACUCUGCUAUUCACUAGAUCAUGUUAUUUCACCUCUUUACUAUCAUGUAGAAACCUUACUCAAGCUAAUCUUAUCGGAUUCUAUCCUGGUUGCAGUUCAAGGCAUUCAUGAUGAUAUGUUAUCAUGUAGUCUGGCUUCUUUAAUAUCAGACACUACCAGCACUCUUUUUGUCAAAAUCAAUGGCUGGGAGUUAAUUCGUGAUAACUUGUAUUCCAUUUCAAUCACCCUUUUUAAGCGUUGGCGUCAAUGUGCUUUUGGUCAAGGUAGUCUGGAUCGUACCGUAUGUACGUGCACAGGCUAUCUUCUCUUGAUCUCUAUCGGGUCUUGGUAUCUGUCAAGGACAACCAACCACACAGGAUCGACGAAUGAAAUCCUUCGUCAACAAGGUGUUUUUCUCAAGGUUCUUUUCUUUAUGUUACUUGAGCUUGUGAUUUUCCCCACAGUGUACGGCGUCUUGUUAGACAUUUCUACCCUGCCUUUGUUUACUGAAUGGUCCAUUAAGACUCGAUUUCAUUUUGUCUUGUUAAAUCCUUAUUCAGGUAUCUUUUUGCAUUGGUUUAUUGGAACAGUGUUUGUCUUGCAAUUCUCAGUGUUUAUUGAACUACUGAGAGAGGUGGUAAGACCGGGUGUAUUGUAUUUCUUGCCAAAUCCAAAGGAUCCACAUUUCGAGCCUGUUCAAGAUAUCGUGGAUCAGCCUGCCAUGACUUUGAUAAGGAAGUUGUGUCGGAUGGCAUUUAUUUACUUUAUGUUGAUUUUGGUUGGUAUGGGAUUAGUCACCAUCCUAGUAAGCAAAUAUGGUGGUAUUUAUCCUAUCAUCUACAAGUUCAAUAAUCCCAUUUCAUUUCUGCCUAUUGACUUACUCAUCGUUCAGUUUCUGUUACCACCCAUUAUGAAAUACAUUGUGCCGCGCGAAUUUUUCAAGAAAUCUGUCAUGACAUGGUGGCAUAUUGCAUCUAGAGGUCUUCAGCUUUCUUCUUACAUGUUUGGUGGUCGAUAUCCUGAAGAAGAAGGCCAGAAUGUCAUUUUUCAUCAACACGGUGGUGUCCUUGCCCGUGUACCUUCAUACGAUCAUGUUCCUAUUGUUAUACCUCGUCGAAGAAUGAUAGUCCCAAUUGACAGUAUAACACUAGAACCACUCGACACAGUAGAGCGUAGAUUAGGACAUCCAGCUGUAUCUAAAUCAGGAAGUCAGGAAACAGAUACAACUAUUGUAUAUAUACCACCUUACUUUGAACUUCGUAUCACUAUUUUUCUUCUUCUCAUCUGGGCAACAGGUUCAAUUUUGGUUUGCUCUAUAUCUGUUGUUCCUUUGCUUUUAGGACGAAGCUUGUUUGCCAAACUACAGUUGGGAUCUGAUAGACCUGUCCAUGACUUAUAUUCGUUUGCUUUAGGUGCUUAUAUUAUGAUUUUGAUGCAUUCUUUGUUGAACUCCAUUGUGCAUAAAUAUCAAAUCACAAGACAAAAUCAUGGAGAGGUUGAUUGGGUUUCUGUCAAAUCCUAUAUCUCAAGGAAAAGUAUUAAGGCAAUUAAGUUUGCAUAUGUACUGUUUAUGUUUGGCCUUGCGGUGCCUUUUCUGUUAGGCAUUCUACUUGAUCUGUAUAUAUUUAUGCCAUUAAGGCCUUCGAGUAUCCAACAAGGCUCUUUUGAAUUAUAUCCGACAAUCGAUUGGGCUUUAGGUAUUGCAGGAAUGAGUUUAUUCCAUAGUGUUAUUUGUGUUUUACCUCACAUAAACCCGACAAUUCGCGAACAAGUUGUACAGUUCAAUUGGAAUAAUAUUAAACAUUUGGAUUUAUGGCAUAUCAAUCAAUCGGUAGUGAUGCCUUUGUUUGCGUGCUUAAGCUUUAUGAUAGCUCUGCCUAGUCUGUUGACAGUAGUCACUAUUUAUGCAUUUGGUAAGUAUGCCAUCUUUCUAGAAUUUGACUUAGUAAUCAAUCUUCUAAAAUAUUAG